AAAAACCUAAGGAUGGUGCUUAAAAAAGGGAUCGCAAGGUAGGCUUUCGCGAGAAUCUUUCAUCGUCAUCACACAAGAGGCAUACAAGCUCCUAGAAGAUCAUGUAUGCAUAUGUGCACGAUGGCAUAUACACAAGUCAAGUCACCAACCAACCAAGUAUUCCUUCGCUCGCCUAUAAAUAGGACAAGGGGUAUGGCAGCUAGCUAAGCGUCAUCAAGAAGUAAUUAAGUGAACACACAAAAGAUCUAAGCCAUAAGCAGUCAGUAGUAGCCGGGCGGCAUGUCGAUGAUCACCAGCAUGCUGCAGGGACGCAAGCAGCAGGGCCAGAAGCAGGGCGGCGGGCGCACCGGCGUCGGCGCGGAGGUCGUCGAGCCGGUGAGCAUCGACGUCAUGGAGCCGUUCGUGGAGGCCGUCGAGCCGGUGAGCAUCGACGUCAUGGAGCCGUUCGUGGAGGCCAUCUCGCUGACGGCGUUCGCAGCGCCGGCGCUGGGGCUGCCGCCGUUCGCGACGGCGAGCAUGGAUUGGAAGGAGGCGCCGACGGCGCACGUGGUCAUGGCGGACCUCCCCGGGGAGCGGCGCGACGAGGUGAAGGUGGAGGUGGAGGAGGAGAAGGUGCUCAAGAUCAGCGGGCAGCGGCAGCGCGCCGCCGAGGACAAGGGCGACCGGUGGCACCGCGUCGAGCGGAGCUCCGAGCGCUUCGUGCGCACCGUGCGGCUGCCGCCCAACGCCAACACCGACACCGUCCAGGCCACGCUCGAGAACGGCGUGCUCACCGUCACCGUGCCCAAGGACAGCGAACGCAAGGCCUACGGCCGCCUCAUCCCCAUCGCCAACUAGCUAGCUCCACGACUGAUAAGUGAUGACUCGACCAUCUACUGUUGAAAUCGUCCCUGCUACUUCAUCACUUACCAUAAUACUACAUGAUAGCGUGUGAUCAUGUAUCGAGAUCGUGUGUGUGUGUGUGUGUCGAGAAGCUUGCCUAUGUUCUUGUUGACCAAGCAGUUGUAAAGCACAUCUAGAUAUGUGCGUGUGGGAUGCAUAUAUGCAUGUAGAGAGGACGAACAAUAAUAAGCGACUUGCA